GCCCGACGCACGCGCUUGCGAUGGGCUCAAAGCUGUCGAACCUCAAGAAGGACAGCCACGACGCUACCACCACGGGUAAAGGCAAACCUGUGAUCACGGUGCUCUAUGGCUCUCAGCACGGCACGGCGGAAGGAUUUGCCAAGACGCUGGUGGCGUCUGCCCAGCACACCCCGUUCACUGUUCGAGCCAUGGACCUUGCCAAGCUCAACCCUUCGACACUACCAAAGAUGGGCUGGGUCAUCUUUGUGGUUGCUACGUUCGGCGAUGGAGGGCCGACCGACAGCGCCGUCAAGUUCCACAAGUACUUAACGGAUACAUCGCUACCAUUGAAUUGCAUGAACCAAGUCAAGUUCACGGUCUUUGGCCUGGGAAACAAAACGUACGCCACAUACAACGGGAUGGGCCGCAUGGUCAACUCCCGCAUGGAGAAGCUAGGCGCCCACCGCGUAUACCGCCACGGAGAAGGCAACGACGAGAUCUGCAUCGACAAUGACUUUGACGACUGGCGACAAGGACUCUGGGACGCACUGGCGGCCCAGUUAGCCCCCUCCCAGGUCCCCCGACGUCUCGCUCCUACUGCCAAGACGGCGCCGCCUUGCUUUGAGUUCGAUGUGCUGUCAUUACAUCCCAAAUCCAAGCUCGCCCAAGAUCCUGUUAUCGUCCACGGACUGAACUACUCCACCGCGACACUCGUGAAUUCACGCGAACUUCGCCAGUCGACGUCAUCGGGCUCGACGCUGCACCUCGAAUUCGACAUCAAGAACACGGGCGUGUCGUACGCAACGGCGGACAACCUAGCGAUUUUGCCCGAAAACGACCCGGCGCUCGUCUCCCGCGUCGCGACCGCGCUCCGCUUCGACGAAGACGGCGUCGUGGAGCUCAAGCCUCUGGACAAGACGACCAAGCUGCCGUUCCCGACCCCCGCCACCAUCCGCACCAUCCUCUCGCGGUACUUGGACCUGAACGCGGCGCCGCGCAAAGGUGCGUUGGCGGCGCUCGCCCACUACGCGACGUCGGCGGACGAGCAGGACAAGUUGCUUCGUCUCGCGUCGGUUGAUGGCAAAACCGAGUACCAGACGUGGGUCGUGGACGCAUGCCGCACGUACGGCGACGUGAUCGAAGCGUUUCCGUCGCUGCAGAUUCCGUUGGCGGCAUUUGUGCACAUCUUGCCAUCGUUGCAGCCGCGCUACUACACGAUUUCGUCGUCGUCGCGGGUGCAUCCCACCCGCAUCCACGUUACGCUUGGUGUGAUUGCGUCAGAGUUGCCGGGGGGUCGUCGGUUUAAGGGCGUCACGUCAAACUUCCUGGCCAACUUGUCCACCGUGGCCAAGCGUUUGCAAGUACCCCCCGUUGUUCGAGCAACCAUUCGCAAGUCUAUGUUCAAACUGCCCGCGUCGCCAUCGACCCCCGUGAUCAUGGUCGGCCCGGGCACCGGCAUUGCUCCCAUGCGCGCUUUCCUGCAGGAACGCCAUGCCCAGAAGGAGGCAGGCGAGAACGUCGGCGCUACCUGGCUCUUCUUUGGCUGCCGCCGCCAAGCCGAAGACUACUUGUACAAGGACGAACUGGAGGCGUACCGGUCGAGCGGCACGCUGACCGACCUCCACGUGGCCUUCUCGCGCGACACGCCGCAGAAGGUGUAUGUGCAGCACUUGAUCGAGCAGCACGGCGCGGCGCUUUGGAAGGCGUUGAGUGUCGGUGGGCAUGUGUACGUGUGUGGGGCGACGCUGAUGGGGACGGACGUGCACAAGGCGUUUGUCGAGUUGGUUCAGACGCACGGGGGCAAGUCGCAGGCCGACGCGGCCGCAUUCGUCCAAGACCUGCAGCACCACCACCGCUACGUUCAGGAAUUGUGGGCAUGAUUGGAUGUCACCAUGACCGAAAGGGCAUAAACCAAUUAUAUCACGU